AAAUAAAGAAAGGAAAGAAAGGAAGAGCGAGUUGCGGGAAAGAGAACUUCGGACUCUCUCUCUCUCUCUCUGUGUGCAGGGAAGAAGACAUGUCGUCGAACAAUCCUUCUCAACUCCUACCAUCUGAGCUGAUUGAUCGGUGCAUUGGGUCGAAGAUAUGGGUGAUAAUGAAAGGCGACAAGGAGCUCGUUGGAACCCUCAGGGGCUUUGAUGUAUACGUCAACAUGGUUCUUGAAGACGUCAUUGAAUACGAAAUCACUUCUGAAGGGCGACGGAUCACGAAGCUGGAUCAGAUCUUGCUCAAUGGAAACAACAUUGCGAUUCUGGUUCCUGGUGGCUCUCCUGAUCCAGAAUGAGGCUUUUAUCUAGGUUGUGUGGUUUUGCUAUCUUUUCAAGAGGCAAUGUUAUCGUUAGAUGAAAGGCUUUUCGUAAGAAAUUCAUAAUAUUCGGUGAUCAACAAUCUGCAAGUUCUGAAGGAAAACAGAGUUUCUGAUGUUAAACCAUGGUUCAGAUUUUGUAGUUUGCUUGUUACUUUGUGUUUCUAGAUUUCUUAGCAAUGAUACAGUGUUGUUUUUCAGUAGCGUAACAUUCCGUCCUGUUUAUCAUUUAUGGGCUUCUUGUUCUAUAAAAAUUUCCUUCUAA